GGUAAGUUGGCGGCACUGCCAGCCGCCGCGAGACCGUAAUGGCGACGUUUAGCGCGUUGUCGGGUCCGCCGUGAGUGAAUGAUGUUUCGUCAAAUUGUAUUUAUACACGAGACGACGACCGAGCGAGUGAGCACGUAACGUUUUGACGGGUAGUUUUAAUAGGACAUCGGUAAUCGAGUGACCGCCAACAUGGACCAGGCUCCCGCAGACACAGAGUUACGGAACAUCAUAGACAAACUGGCGCAGUUUGUCGCUCGCAAUGGACCAGAUUUCGAGCAGAUGACGAAAAACAAGCAGAAGGACAACCCGAAGUUUAGUUUCCUGUUUGGGGGGGAGCACUUCAACUACUAUCAAUACAAAGUGACUACAGAACAAGCCAUUUUAAAGCAAAAAGGAAUAAAUCCAUUGCAAAAUGCAGACCCACGUUUAAACGUUUCGCAGCAGCAGCAAACAGCCGCAAACGCCGUCUCGCAGCAACUGAAUAACGUCAAUCUUGCGUCCGGUCUGAGUACACAAAACAAUGGCAUAAAUCCAGUGGUCGGGAUUGGAAGUCAGGGCGGUCCCGUUUUGCCUGGACAGAUCGGAGGGCCGGGAAAUGCAGGACCGCCAAUUGGAUCGGUUUCCGGCGCUAUGGGAGGUGUGAAUCCGCCGAUUGCCGGAGUCGCGCAAGCGGUUAACAUCGCGGGUCCACCCGCGUGGCUACAGAAUGAACUGGCGAAUCUACAGUCGCAGCAGGCGACAUUGCAGGAACAAGUUAGACAAUCAGAACAGAACCUGGCUGCGCAGCAUGCUGCAUUAAUGGCGCAACAGCAGGGAAGAGUAGAGGACGCAGUAAGGCAGGCACAGGAACAGGCUUUGCAAAACAGUGCGCAAAAUACGAACACAGAUUUGGCUGCGUUUGAUACGGUGUUACAACCGAUCAUCGAUAGCUGCACAAAAGAUAGCAUAAGCGCAGGAAAGGCUUGGAUACUUCAGAAUUCACUUACUCCACAAAGCAAUCAAGUUGUCGCCGAUCAUUUGCUAAAAAAAGUAAUUCAGGGGACAACCUUUAGUCAUAAAUUGCAUAUUAUUUACCUAGUGAACGACGUCUUACAUCAUUGUGCAAGAAAAAAAUCUAUGGAUCUGCGAAAAGCGAUGGAAAGUGUUGUUGUUCCCAUGUUCUGUAACACUUCACUAGCAGCAUCUGAAGAACAACUUAAUAAGCUGAAUAAACUGUUGAGUUUGUGGGAGUCAAAGAAUAAUUACUUCGAUGAAGGGAUUAUAGAUAAGUUAAAAAAACCGAGCGCAUCUUGGUCAGAGUACCAGGCUAAUUUAGUAGCGCAAUAUGCCACUGCGAUUACUCCAAUUACAGCAUCGACGAAACAGACAUUCGAUAAUUAUCAAGCGCAGCAUCAAGCGUUUGUCACUCAUGCGUUGAGACAAAUUCAGAAUAUUGAACAACAAAAGAUGGCAAUAGAUCAGCAAUUGAAAGCCCCACCGCCACCACCUCAACUGAAUCAACAGAAUAUAUCGAUACCAUCAAGUCAUUCUGGUCCUCCCGGUACGAUGGGCACAGACGUGAACUUUAGUCAACCACCACCAGGAUGGGGUGUUCCACCAUCGAAUGAACCGCCACCAUUCAGUAAUGUGCCCCUGCCGGACUUUUCAAAACCACCACCAGGUUUUGGACCGCCGCCUGUUAUUCACGAGCCCUCUGUAGAGGAUUUGAUGCCUAGUAUGCCUUAUUUCGAGCUUCCAGCUGGUCUAAUGGUACCUCUGAUAAAGCUAGAAGAUGGUGAAUAUAAACCAUUGGAUCCGGAUGCGAUAAGACUUCCACCACCGGCUCCACCAAACGAUCGUCUAGUUGCAGCUGUGGAAGCAUUUUAUGCGCCGCCAAAUCAUGAUUCUCCUAGGGAUAGUGACGGGUGGGAGAAAUUAGGCUUAUACGAGUACUAUAAGGCGAAAAAUGCUUCUCGCAAACGCAAGGAAGAGGAUAUUGCCGCCGGGAUUAGGCAGAAAUCCAAAUCCCCUUCGCCAAUUCUACGACCGAGAUCCAAGAGCCCUAGUCCGCCAAAGAAACGCUACAGGAGUAAGUCGCGCAGUAGAUCGCGCUCACGGUCACGAGGCAGAAGUAGAUCGAGAUCGCCUGCGGCAAAUCAUAGACGCAACAGUCGUAACAGCAAUCACAUUAGUAGAAGCCGAAGGAGGAGGAACAGUAAUAAAGAUCGUAGCCCUGACAGAAGAGUGGAUAGACAAGAUAGAAGUCCAACUCCACCCAGUUUUCUUGGUUCCACCUAUAGCAAAGCUCCGCAAGAGAUCAGUCUUGAUGAAAGCAAUAAAGGACAUCAAUUGCUUAAGAAGAUGGGUUGGGGCGGUGCGGGUCUUGGUGCUAAUGAGCAGGGUAUUGAAGCACCUAUUUCCGGGGGUGAAAUUCGCGAUAAGAACGAUCAGUAUAAAGGAGUCGGUAUCAAUUUGAAUGAUCCUUAUGAAACUUUUCGGAAGAACAAAGGCCAGGCAUUCAUUACCAGAAUGAAAGCUAGGGCGGAAGAACGAGCCGAAGAGAGAGGGGACCGUGAUUGAGCAUGAAAUGCAGAAUUUGAACGUUCGCGAUGUUCUGGUAAUGAAACGAAUAUCUUGGCAUGCGAUUUGAAGACAAAUCUCACGAUAAAAAUUCAUUCGCCGUUCCAGAAGCACGCGAUCGUGUACGAGAAUUGACUUCGAAGAUCGAUAUGAAGCCGAUUUUCUCUAUUCUGUGAUUUCCUUCUCAAUUCUCAUUCUUAUUUCAAUAAAAAAUGUCACGCGCUGUGUUUGUCAUUCGUUUUUUUCAUUCUAAUCUGUUCAUGCAAUAUGGAUAGUAAGAGAAUAAUGAAAAAUGAGAAUCUUAUAGCGAAUUUGGUUGGACGCACUAGUGCUCAUUAAUGCACAUACAUAAAAGUAAUUGUACAUAAAUUUAUAAUGGCAGAAGUAAUUAAAGAAGUAAAAUAAUUAAUAUUAUGAGCUAUGUUUAUUAUUAUUGUUUAAUAUAAAUAAUAAUUCAUGCUAUCAUCUUAGCUUUAUUUUAAUUAUUCAUACUUAUAUUAUAAAUUUUUGUAUGAUAAUCUUUAAUGUGCGCCAUUAGUGCAUUCAACUGAAUUCGCUAUUAGUUUAGAGAAGAACAACUGAAUAAAGGAAAAAAGGAACUUAGAAGAGAGGAAAUCGAUUGCACUUUUUUUUUUAGAGCAGUUGUCUUUCGUUAAAAUCUCCAUUGUGCAUGCCAUCGAUUUUUGAACGGUCAUAAAUGGACGCUGAUUGUUUUACGCUGAAACCACAUCGAUUAUUUUUAUUGAUAGCUGUACAAUCUGAAUGCCACUUAGGUGAUAAUUAUGAAUUUUAUAUAGAACAAAAUUGUACAUUUUUGACAUAGAAUUACAGAUAUGAUUUAUUUCAAAUUUAAUGCAAUCCUUAUAUAAUGAAGUAAAUGCUAGGUCUGAUACCAGUACGAAGAUUUGAUAAAAAAGAUUGAGUCUAGUUCUCUAUAUAGUUGUACAUGAUCUCAUAUAUCAGAGAAAAUUAAAAAGAUUCAAGCGCGCAACGUCAACGUCCGUCGAUAAAAAUCUUGAAUCCUAUUCGACAUUUUGAUCAUAUUUCACGUAACGAUUCAAUUUCGUUCCAUUUUUACAUAUUGCAGGAUGCUAUGCAUUUGUAUACAAAAGUACAAGUGGUUUCAUGCCGCAUGGACAUGAAAAAUAUGUGAGAGCUAAGAAUACUUGUAUUUAAUAAGUUAACAAAUGAUUAUAUUGGAUACACACGACGAUAGCUCAAAAAUAAAAGCUGUACAUUUAUUACGAAAGCGAAUGCGAACAUUCGUCAUCGUUACUGUUUCCUUCACUUGUCUUCUUUGUACUAAAUAUAUUCUUACCAAGAAUCUACAAUUA